AUGAAGGACUCCAAUACCAGCCUCUUCAUCGACGAGGAUGAGCAGCUGUCGAGUCCUCCCCACGAAGUGUUCUUUGACGACAGCAGUGGCGGCAGUGUGGAUCGCGACGACAACAAGCAUGCUGACGAAGAGUCUGACGACAACACCCUUUACUGCCUCUGCCGCAAGAUCGCCCGUGGAUUCAUGGUCGGCUGCGAUGGGGGGUGUGAUGAUUGGUUUCAUGGCACUUGCGUCGGCAUCAAGGCAAGGCAGAAGGACCUGCUAGAGCAGUUUGUCUGCCCUGACUGCACCACCAAGGGUCAUGGAGUCACGGCUUGGAAGGACACCGCGGGAGGAAAUGCCGGUCACACCACCACGAAGCAAGCGCUGCAAGCGGCCCAAGACAGUACUGUAGCGGCGAGCAACUCACUUCUCGACUCGAGCCUGCCGCCCAAGAGCAGUCGCUCCGGCCAUGAUCACGAAUCCGCCCGGUCUCCACAACCCAUCGCUGCUACUCGCAAGCACAUCGCCAGAAGCAAGCUCCGCGCGCAGUCCGCCUCGAACCGGAAAGCUCUAGCCCCGCAUCCGUAUUCCGGUGUCAUGAAGAAGCUGAGGGUGUCUCUCCCGACGUUUGAGAACCGCACGCCCGGGUUCGGCGCCCUAUCCAAUAUCAACGACAGUGAUGCCGAAGACGCUCAAGACAACGGCGAUGAUGACAAGCAUCUCGACGAUGCCCUCCGAGCUACCGUCACUCCCGUCCACAAGACGGCAGUGGAGUUCCAGCGUCGCACGUACAUUGACGUCGAGGAAGCCCCCACCGUGGUGGACGUCAUGGUGAAGCAUGCCCUGGAACUGGCACUCUUCGGUACGCAGUGUGGAUGA